AUGGGCUGGGGCCAGCUCGACGCAGUAGAGAGGGCCGACAGUCAUCCCGAUACCGACGCCGAAACCGGUGAGGAUGCGGGUGAAGAGGAGGGUGGGGAAGGUGUGAGAGAGGGCCAUGAGGAGGAGGAGGAGGAGGAGGAGGAGGAGGAGGAGGAGGAGGAGGAGGAGGAGGAGGAGGAGGAGGAGGAGGAGGAGGAGGAGGAGGAGGAGGAUGAGGAGGAGGAGGAGGAGGAGGAGGAGGAGGAGGAGGAGGAGGAGGAGGAGGAGGAGGAGGAGGAGGAGGAGGAGGAGGAGGAGGAGGAGGAGGCUCGGGCGGCAGCUGAGAAGUCUGCUUGA